AUGGAGUCAAUAAGAGUGAGGAAAUCAAGGCGAAAAUUGGAUGGUGGUCUGCCAAGUCUUCACUUGCGGCUUGUGUUCCGGCUGUCAGCUAUGUUUGGUCUGUCUCCGCUGGUGUUCGAGUACGGCAAGUCCAGGUUUUCGUACACCAGAGGUCUCUACUCCAUCUUUAUUUCAUGCGUUAUUUUAUGGUUCGGAUAUUUGAACUUCUACUUCGUAUUAAACUUGUUUAACGAUAAUUCGUUAACGAUCAUAGCUUUGAUAAACAUACCGGUUUAUCUUUCGUUACCAAUUUCAUCAGUGCUUGAUGCAUUCAGCAUUGCGUCAGAAUACGGGUACAUUUUUCAAGAGCUAAAAAUGAUCGACGGAGAACUCUCCGCCAUUGGUGUUCUUAAAGUCCUUCGCCCCGAUUGGUCGGCCAGACUUUUUCAGAUUUCAUCGUUAUCUGCACAUUAUAUAUUGGUGAUAAUAAUGCGCCCUGAUUUGUCUGCCAUGUUCCAUUUCAUAGGAAUCGCAAGUUACACCCUCAUGUGCUCUCAGAUCAUAGCUAUUGGAUGCCACAUCCUCAGCCGCUACGAUCUGGUCGUGAACACCCUCUCCCAGCUGAAGAGCACACAACACAGCAUUAAUAAUAAAGUAGAAACCCUUCUAGCAGUUAACCAUCAGCUAUCUAAAGUUUCGCAGCAGUUCGAUUUCCUCCUCUACCAGCUCAUGAUUAGCGAUGAGGACUUUGGAUUACUUGACAACCCUAAGUUAAAACUGCACAUCGCCAUGAAAAAUAAUGUAAGCAUCACAGCAUGUGAGUUCUUCACGUUGGACUUCUCUCUGGUCCUAGCGGUGAGGAACUUA